CUCUGGGUAGGACCGUCCGCCUGCAAGCCUAAGAGCCAGAAAGGUGAUGUGAAGAUGUCCACACUCCUCGAACCUGCGAUGCACACCCUCCAGAUCGGUACAAACGGUGAACGGUCCCGCACUCCGUCUCCGCCAAGGUCUCCUGGACUCCACAACGAAAGUUGCAGCAUUGCUCCCCUCACUCCAUCUCCGUCACCGAGGAAUGAAAUCCGGACCUGCCGAUCCACGCCCUUCUCCGUGGUGGUGGCCAUUGACUUUGGCACAACCUCCAGCGGCUAUGCCUUCAGUUUCACCAGUGACCCUGAGGCCAUCCACAUGAUGAGGAAAUGGGAAGGGGGCGAUCCUGGAGUCGCCCACCAGAAGACGCCCACCAGCCUGCUCCUGACCCCGGAAGGCACUUUCCACAGCUUCGGUUACACGGCCAGGGAUUAUUAUCACGACCUCGACCCGGAGGAGGCCCGCGACUGGCUGUACUUUGAAAAGUUUAAAAUGAAGAUCCACAGCACCAGUGACUUGACCAUGAAAACCGAACUGGAAGCAGUGAAUGGGAAGAAGGUGCAGGCCCUGGAAGUCUUUGCCCAGGCUCUCCGCUUCUUCAAACAACAAGCUGUACAGGAACUCAAGGACCAGUGCCCAGUGUUGCCGGAGAAAGAUGCCAUCCGGUGGGUGAUCACCGUGCCUGCCAUCUGGAAACAGCCUGCCAAGCAGUUCAUGCGAGAGGCUGCUUAUCUGGCUGGGCUGGUUCCUUCAGAGAACCCGGAGCAGUUGCUGAUCGCCCUGGAGCCAGAAGCCGCUUCUAUCUACUGCCGGAAACUUCGCCUCAACCAGCUCAUAGACCUCAGCUACAAGCCCCAGGCCAACGGCCUCCUGACAGACCUCCCCAUCGACUCCAGCUUCAGGCAAGCCCGAGAACAGCUCCGCCGUUCCAGACACAGCAGAACCUUCCUGGUGGAGUCCGGGGUGGGCGAGCUCUGGUCCGAAAUGCAGACAGGAGACCGCUACAUCGUGGCUGACUGUGGAGGAGGGACAGUAGAUUUGACCGUUCACCAGAUCGAACAGCCCCAAGGGACCCUCAAGGAACUCUACAAAGCAUCAGGAGGUCCUUACGGGGCGGUGGGUGUGGACCUGGCCUUCGAGAAACUGCUCUGCCAGAUCUUCGGUGAGGACUUCAUUGCCACGUUCAAGGCCAAGCGCCCCGCGGCUUGGGUCGACCUGACCAUUGCUUUCGAGGCCCGCAAGCGGACGGCUGCCCCCCACCGCGCCAACCCCCUCAACAUCUCGCUGCCCUUCUCCUUCAUCGACUUCUACCGCAAGCAUCGGGGGCAGAACGUGGAGACGGCGCUGAAGCGCAGCAGCGUGAACUUGGUGAAGUGGUCCUCCCAGGGGAUGCUACGCAUGUCGUCUGAGGCCAUGAACGAACUCUUCCAGCCAACCAUCAGUCAGAUUAUUAACCACAUUGACGAGCUCAUGAAGAAACCAGAGGUGAAAGGCAUCAAGUUCCUCUUCCUGGUAGGAGGGUUUGCCGAGUCAGCAAUGCUGCAGCAUGCCGUCCAAUCAGCUUUCAGCGGCAUUUGCCGUGUCAUCAUCCCUCAGGAUGUGGGGCUGACGAUCCUAAAAGGGGCCGUGCUGUUUGGCCUUGACCCCACCAUCGUCCGGGUGAGACGUUCCCCCCUGACCUACGGCGUGGGGGUGCUGAACAAGUUUGUGGAGGGGAAACACCCCAAGGAGAAGCUCUUGGUCAAAGAAGGCAAGAAUUGGUGCACCGACAUCUUUGAGAAGUUUGUCUCCGUGGACCAGUCCGUGGCCUUGGGCGAGGUGGUGCAGAGGAGCUACUGUCCAGCCCGGGUGGGGCAACGCAAGAUCAUCAUCAACAUCUACUGCUGUGCCACCGACGACGUGGUCUACAUCACUGACCCUGGGGUGAGGAAAUGUGGCGCCAUCAGCUUGGACCUGGAUGAGUUGGAUGAAUCCAAUUCUCCAAAGAAGAGCCGUCGAGAGAUCCGGGCAAGCAUGCAGUUUGGCGACACGGAGAUCAAAGUGACAGCCAUGGAUGUCCAGACGUCAAAGACCGUGAGGGCUUCUAUCGAUUUCCUUUCCAACUGAUGACCUAGAAGUUUGAGGCAUUUUGGGGGGGAAGAAGGGCACUGCAGCCCCAUUUCCUUUCACUGGGUGUGACCCAGGAGGGAGUCAUAGAAUCAUAGAAUAGUGGAAGGGGUCUACAAGGCCAU